GCGGCCUGGGCCCGGAGAGCGGCGCCGCCCUCCCACCUUCGCCCCCGGCUCCGCCUCUCCGAAUCCUCCCCACAGCCCAAAAUGGCGGCGGAGGUGGAUUUUGGCGACCUAGAGCUGUUCGAGGCGUUCGACCCCCCGGAGGAGUCGCUGCCGAAGCCCGUCCACACCCGCUUCAAGGACGGCGACGGCGACGGCGACGAGGAGGACGGGGACGCGGCGGGCGACGCCGAGCUGCGGGAGCGGCUCCGGCAGUGCGAGGAGACCGUCGAGCAGCUCCGCGCGGAAAAUCAAGAACUUAAAAGAAAAUUGAACAUUCUGACUCGACCAAGUGGAAUAUUGGUGGACAAUACUAAGUUAGAUGGACCUUUAUUGCAGAUUCUUUUUAUGAACAAUGUUAUUUCAAAGCAAUAUCAUCAAGAAAUAGAGGAAUUUGUGUCAAAUUUAGUCAGAAGAUUUGAGGACCAGCAGAAAAAUGAUGUGGAAAAGACUUCCUUUAAUCUUUUGCCCCAGCCUUCCAGUGUUAUGUUAGAAGAGGAUCAUAAAGUAGAAGAGUCCUGUGCUUCUAAAAACAACAAGGAAGCUUUUAGUGUUGUAGGAAGUGUCCUGUAUUUUACUAAUUUUUGCCUUGAUAAAUUGGGGCAACCGCUACUAAAUGAAAACCCUCAGCUUACCGAAGGAUGGGAAAUACCCAAGUACCAGCAAGUCUUCAGCCACAUUGUUUCUCUAGAAGGGCAAGAAAUACAAGUAAAGGCAAAAAGGCCAAAGCCUCACUGUUUCAAUUGUGGUUCUGAAGAACAUCAGAUGAAAGACUGCCCAAUGCCCCGUAAUGCUGCCCGAAUAAGUGAAAAAAGGAAAGAGUAUAUGGAUGCCUGUGGUGAGACGAACAGUCAGAAUUUUCAGCAGCGAUACCAUGCAGAAGAGGUCGAGGAAAGAUUUGGAAGAUUCAAACCCGGAGUUAUUAGCGAGGAACUUCAGGAUGCUCUGGGGGUGACGGAUAAGAGUCUUCCACCUUUUAUAUAUCGAAUGCGCCAGCUCGGAUACCCGCCCGGGUGGCUCAAAGAGGCAGAGUUGGAGAAUUCAGGGCUUGCGCUCUAUGAUGGAAGAGACGAUGCUGAUGGGGAAGCAGAAGCGGGGGAGGUGCAGCAGCAUCAGAGUGUCACUUACGACCUCUCGAAACUGGUGAACUAUCCGGGUUUCAACAUAUCUACUCCCAAGGGAAUCCUGGAUGAAUGGAGGCUGUUCGGCUCCAUACCGAUGCAGGCCUGUCAGCGGAAGGACGUGUUUGCCAGCUACCUGACCUCUAACUUCCAAUCUGCGAGCGUGAGGUCUGGCAGCAGCAAGAGGUCUUCGUCCCAGUCCAGCCCUGGGAGUCCCAAGAAGCAGAAGAAGGACAGCGGCUCGGCAGCCUCGCCCGCGGACAUGGAGCUCGACUCAGAUGUGGAGCGCCCGCAGGCGUCGCUGACUGGGGAGGCUUUUCAGUUUCAGCCCCCACUGCCCCGGGGCACUCCGCCACCCAUCUUCAAUCCUCCGCUCCCCAAGGGCACCCCGCCACUGACUCCCAGUGACUCACCCCAGACCAGAACAGCAUCUGCAGCCAUGGACGAAGACGCGCUGACUCUGGAGGAACUGGAAGAGCAGCAGCGGCGAAUAUGGGCGGCCCUGGAGCAGGCGGAGAGCGGGAACAGCGAUUCCGACAUUCCUGUGGACACGCCCCUGACUGGGAAUUCGGUCGCCUCUUCCCCUUGUCCAAACGAGCUAGAGCUCCCUGUCCCUGUCCUGGAGGGAAAAGCAUGUGAAAAGCAGAUGCCAGACGAGCCUGAGUUAAUGGACACUUGUGCAGAGAAAUCAGAAGUUGAACUGUCCUCGAGUCCGGAUCCUGAGGCUGCCGUGCCUUGCGAGAAGGAAGAGGCAGCGUCUGCUCAAGUGGGCGCUAAGGAUGUGUGUCUCGGUAACGGCAGCGUCGUGCUGAACUGUGAUGUGCAGAACGGAGGCAGCCAGAAAGCCCUUCUUGUGGACACCAGCCCCUCAACAGCCACUAAAAUUCAUAGUCCUGUACCUGACAUGAGCAAGUUUGCAACCGGAAUAACACCAUUUGAAUUUGAGAAUAUGGCAGAAUCUACUGGAAUGUACCUGAGAAUAAGAAACUUGUUGAAGAACUCUCCCCGAAACCAGCAAAAAAACAAAAAAGCUUCUGAAUAACUGCUUGACUUGGCACCAAGGGUUAUCUAAGUGUGACUUCGCGUUCUGUUAACUAGUGGACAGACAGACUUGUCUUCUCACUGGCCCUCCCAUGUUUAACAAUCCUUCCAAGGCCUCAUUGUGAUCUAAAGUCGGGCCUAUUUUGAAGAACGGAAUAACUGGGCUUGCUGGCUUACUGUGUUUUAUUGUCACUGAUAAAAACUUGGGGGGGGGGGUUAAGUACGAGCUGGUUUCAAGAUCGUUUCUUGAGGUUUAUACUAUUUUUGGAGUGUGAGUGUCUGUCAGGAAUGAUGGUUUUUAUCUGUCUUUUGUACAUUGUUUUCCCUUUCUACGUUUUGCUAAUUAUCCUGUACAUAAGUUUAAUAUAUCACUUUUUAAAAGAAAAGAAUUCUAACCAUUUUAAAUUCAUAUUUCAACUCUGGUAACCAAACGAAAAUCAGGGAUGAGCCGCUUUGCCCCAUUCGGGGUAUUUUUGUAAGUGAUUUACAUGCAUCAGUUUUAAUAACACUUACUUUUUUGUAACUUCAUUCUUCAUAUGAGCUUGCUAUACAGGUAUGUUCAUCUUUGUGUACAAAGGUUUAAUAAAUGAGUUUUCAUAUACGUAAUCUAAGACUUUGAAUACAAAAAGUGAUUGACAGUGUAUACGAACCUUAUAAGUUGGAAGUAAAUCAUGUGGCUGCAAAAUUUAGUGGUAGCAAAAGUAAUAGAAGAAAUUGCAAGUUUGGGUGUUUUCAGUGGAUUCCAGCCUUAAAUACAGAAGCAGCAGUGUCUUUAUUAGAGUAAUUAUUUGGGGAAAGAUGGAGUGCUGCUAACCUUUGUACAAAAAACUUUUUCAGAGUUGGACCCCUAAGGUAAUUAAUAGUUGAAAAUAAAAAGCAGACAAAAACAAAUUGAUUUUAAUUGUCCACUACACAAGAUAGAGGUGAGUCUGUGCUUUCUGUCUGUCUGCUGUAGAAUGUCAUUACAUCUCUGUAGUCAAGGUCACGAAAAUAAACGUUCCGAUGAUCUUAAAUUCUGACUCAGGAAGUGCUGUCCUGCUCAGGCCAGCAGAGGGCGCCAAUUGCAACCGCCCAAUUUGGCUUUCAUUUUGAGAACCUUAGUAACCGAAUUUACUAUUCUAUUAAUAAAGAGAAAAAAAAAUCAUAUGAAAAGAGGAAAUUUAUUUUCAAGGCACACACAGAACCUGCUAAUAAAUGUUAAAUACUUUCCACUUCUGAGUUUACAUAAUAAAAGUAAUUCUUUACACUAGUUUACAUAGUUAUUUUACAUACAUUAUCUUACUCGGUAUUACUGUCUGAUAGGUUAUCGCCACUUUAUGUCGCUAAUAUAAGGGAAUUUCAGUGGUAUAGAGAGGUUAAAGGGACCUGCCAACAUUUAGGAGGUGGUUCCAGUGGCCAGUAUCCAGCUAAAGACCUGCUUGUCCCCAAGUCAUGGAAGUUAUUUGGGUGCCCUCUAGGGUUGUUCAUGUAGGGUCUAGUCAACCCCAGAUACCUUAAAGUUACCUCUCUAGUAUAUGUCACAGAUCUCAUGCUUAGGUAUCUGUGUAUUCCCCUAUUUUCACAAUCACCAUGUUAGUCAGAUACUUUUAGAGGGAAACGCUGAGGGCACACAGCAGGCAAGCAGUCUAGUGACCCUGACCUCCACAG